AUGAUGCUCGACGGGAAUCCCGACGACCAGAACCAGCACCAAUCUUUACUCGACGAUUUCGUGAGCGACAUGCUGCGAGAUCCCGAUGAGGACCCGGCCGGAGAAUAUGGCACCGGAGCCCACCUGGGAGAAAAUUUUGACGGUGGUGGAAGUGGAGAUUUUACUGAUUUUGCACAGCAGAGUCGGGCUUUCGGGAACCCUGUACGAAUCCCGACGUGGCCCGUCGUGCCAUCUCCGUACAGUUGCACUUGCUGCCAGACGCUCAGAGAAUUUAUAUAUGCAAAUGGUGCUCAUGUGCUGAAGCUUGAUGUUCAUGGAAGACUAGGACUAAUCAGCCACGCAGUGCUCGAAAGAUAUAAUAACGAUGUUUUAUCUGAGGAUCGGGAGUACUAUAUGUUCGACUUCUGCCAGGAGAGCUUAAGCAGUGUGAAGCAAUUCCUGAUUCAAUACUGUGCAGAUCGUAAAAGAGAAGGUUAUGUGAUGUUGCAGGAUCCCUUGUCCAACUUUUAUAACGCCAUGCGCACUGGAAUUAUAGAAGGUGGUGGUAGUCCGAAGCCAAAUACUUUCCCGCCGGAAACUUCAGGAGGUUUUUAA